GUAAACGGAGGUGAUAUAUAGAGGAGGUCCUGUAAUGACCCUCUCACUGGCGCUCCUGAGCUAGCUUCAGUCAGUCUUGUACUCCUCCACCGGCGCGUGAGACACAAACACCGAAUCUUCCAACCACCAUGGAUUCUCUUGAGGAUGAUCAGAUCGAAGCCCUCAGGAAGGCCUUCGACUCCUUCGACACUGAGAAGCAGGGCUUCAUCACCGCUGACACCAUCGCCACCAUCCUGAGGAUGAUGGGUGUCAAGAUCUCCGAGAAGAACUUGGCUGAAGUCAUCGCUGAAACUGAUGAAGACGGCUCUGGCCAGCUUGAAUUCGAGGAGUUCGUUGACCUUGCUGCUAAGUUCCUGAUUGAGGAGGACGAGGAAGCUCUGAAGGCCGAACUUAAGGAAGCCUUCCGUAUCUACGAUAAGGAGGGUAACGGCUUCAUCACCACCGACGUCCUUAGGGAGAUUCUGACCGAGAUCGACAACAAACUGACCCCCGCUGAUCUCGACGGCAUCAUUGAGGAAGUCGACGAGGACGGUUCCGGAACCCUCGACUUCGACGAAUUCAUGGAGAUGAUGAGCGGUUGAGCAAUUCAUUACCUUCAUCAUCAUCGGCUCAAGUUCAUCCACCAUAUUCAUCCACUCGCGGCCUCACGUCUGUUGUACUUGUUGUUCAUUAGUGUAUAGAUGGAUGAUUGGAAAAAAUAUAUAGAUUUAUUUUA